AUGCCAGCAAGACCCACGGUUCAGCUGGCAUGGCUCUGCAUCGUCACCGUGUCCGUGGCAAUCUACCCAGCCCUGCUGCAGAAACCUCCCAAGAGGAGAAUGAGCCACGGGAACGCUCAGUCCAAGACGCCGGGCUGCUGCGAGGAGAUCAAGGAGCUGAAGCUGCAGGUAGCCAACCUGAGCAGAAUGCUGCAGGAGCUGAGCAAGAAGCAGGAAGGGGACUGGGUGAACGUGGUGAUGCAGGUGAUGGAGCUGGAAGGGAGCACCAAGCAGAUGGAGUCCCGGCUCAUCGACGCCGAGAGCAAGUACUCCGAGAUGAACAACCAGAUAGACAUCAUGCAACUCCAGGCAGCUCAGACGGUCACACAAACGUCAGCUGUAGAUGCUGUUUAUGACUGCUCAUCGCUUUACCAGAGGAACUACCGAAUUUCUGGUGUUUACAAGUUACCUCCUGAUGAAUUUCUGGGAAUUCCAGAUCUGGAGGUGUUCUGUGACAUGGAGACAGAUGGAGGUGGCUGGACGGUCAUCCAAAGACGUAAAGUUGGUUUGACAUCAUUCAAUAGGGACUGGAAACAAUACAGGGAAGGAUUUGGAAAUAUUAGGGGAGAUUUUUGGCUGGGAAAUGAAAAUAUCUACCGACUUUCAAGACGUCCCACUGUUCUGCGAGUAGAGUUGGAGGACUGGGAAGGUAACACACGCUAUGCCCAAUACCGGCAAUUCACCCUGAGCAAUGAAAUCAACAGCUACCGGCUGUUUGUGGGGAAUUACAGCGGGAACACGGGGCGGGACUCCCUGCGCUACCACAACAACACCGCCUUCAGCACAAAGGACAAGGACAACGACAAGUGUGUGGAUGACUGUGCCCAGUUCCGGAAAGGUGGCUAUUGGUACAACUGCUGCACAGAUUCCAACCUGAAUGGGGUUUACUACCGCAAAGGAGAGCACACCAAGAACAUGGAUGGCAUCACCUGGUACGGAUGGCACGGAUCCACCUAUUCACUCAAGAGAGUGGAGAUGAAGAUCCGGCCAGAGGAUUUCAAACCAUAGAAGGGAUCAGCGUUGGAUUGUACAGCUACACGAUGUCACCACGCAAAGGGUGGGCAAUCA